AUGUAUGCCUGCAUGGGCUACAUCACCCCGGAGUACUUCAAGUUUCCGGGCUUCCUGUCCCCUUCUCUUGGUUUGAAGUUCGCUGACGUGCCGAACGGCCUGGCAGCCCUGUCCAAGGUGCCAGUGCUGGGUGGAGCUCAGAUCAUCGCGUUCUGCGGCCUGAUUGAGACCACUGGGUUCUUCCAGGCGUCUUCCACCACUGACGGCCGGGGCCCUCGUGAGGGCCAGUUCUCCAUGAAGGACUCCACCGAGUCCGCUGAGCCGGGCAACUACGGUGUUGGCUUCCCCACCUUCCUGGGCAAGGUCGAGGACCCUGAGGCCCGCAAGUCCAAGCUUGCGGCCGAGUUGGCUAACGGAAGGCUGGCGAUGAUGGCAAUCAUCGGCAUGUUCUUCCAAGAUGGACUGACUGGCUCGGCCUGGGGCGACUGGAGCCUGUACACUUCCUCGCCUUUGAGGGCAAGGGAGCCCAAGGUUGCGCGCAACUUCUUCGGUGGCGACUCGUCCACGAGCGCCGGCUUCGACCCUGCCAAGGAGCUCGGUGUGCAGGAUCCGGUGGGCUUCUGGGACCCGCUUGGUCUGAGCGCGGACAAGGAUGCGGCAACCUUCAAGCGCCGCAGGGCAGUGGAGAUCAAGCAUGGCCGCAUUGCCAUGUAUGCCUGCAUGGGCUACAUCACCCCGGAGUACUUCAAGUUUCCGGGCUUCCUGUCCCCUUCUCUUGGUUUGAAGUUCGCUGACGUGCCGAACGGCCUGGCAGCCCUGUCCAAGGUGCCAGUGCUGGGUGGAGCUCAGAUCAUCGCGUUCUGCGGCCUGAUUGAGACCACUGGGUUCUUCCAGGCGUCUUCCACCACUGACGGCCGGGGCCCUCGUGAGGGCCAGUUCUCCAUGAAGGACUCCACCGAGUCCGCUGAGCCGGGCAACUACGGUGUUGGCUUCCCCACCUUCCUGGGCAAGGUCGAGGACCCUGAGGCCCGCAAGUCCAAGCUUGCGGCCGAGUUGGCUAACGGAAGGCUGGCGAUGAUGGCAAUCAUCGGCAUGUUCUUCCAAGAUGGACUGACUGGCUCGGCCUGGGGCGACUGGAGCCUGUACACUUCCUCGCCUUUGAGGGCAAGGGAGCCCAAGGUUGCGCGCAACUUCUUCGGUGGCGACUCGUCCACGAGCGCCGGCUUCGACCCUGCCAAGGAGCUCGGUGUGCAGGAUCCGGUGGGCUUCUGGGACCCGCUUGGUCUGAGCGCGGACAAGGAUGCGGCAACCUUCAAGCGCCGCAGGGCAGUGGAGAUCAAGCAUGGCCGCAUUGCCAUGUAUGCCUGCAUGGGCUACAUCACCCCGGAGUACUUCAAGUUUCCCGGCUUCCUGUCCCCUUCUCUUGGUUUGAAGUUCGCUGACGUGCCGAACGGCCUGGCAGCCCUGUCCAAGGUGCCAGUGCUGGGUGGAGCUCAGAUCAUCGCGUUCUGCGGCCUGAUUGAGACCACUGGGUUCUUCCAGGCGUCUUCCACCACUGACGGCCGGGGCCCUCGUGAGGGCCAGUUCUCCAUGAAGGACUCCACCGAGUCCGCUGAGCCGGGCAACUACGGUGUUGGCUUCCCCACCUUCCUGGGCAAGGUCGAGGACCCUGAGGCCCGCAAGUCCAAGCUUGCGGCCGAGUUGGCUAACGGAAGGCUGGCGAUGAUGGCAAUCAUCGGCAUGUUCUUCCAAGAUGGACUGACUGGCUCGGCCUGGGGCGACUGGAGCCUGUACACUUCCUCGCCUUUGAGGGCAAGGGAGCCCAAGGUUGCGCGCAACUUCUUCGGUGGCGACUCGUCCACGAGCGCCGGCUUCGACCCUGCCAAGGAGCUCGGUGUGCAGGAUCCGGUGGGCUUCUGGGACCCGCUUGGUCUGAGCGCGGACAAGGAUGCGGCAACCUUCAAGCGCCGCAGGGCAGUGGAGAUCAAGCAUGGCCGCAUUGCCAUGUAUGCCUGCAUGGGCUACAUCACCCCGGAGUACUUCAAGUUUCCGGGCUUCCUGUCCCCUUCUCUUGGUUUGAAGUUCGCUGACGUGCCGAACGGCCUGGCAGCCCUGUCCAAGGUGCCAGUGCUGGGUGGAGCUCAGAUCAUCGCGUUCUGCGGCCUGAUUGAGACCACUGGGUUCUUCCAGGCGUCUUCCACCACUGACGGCCGGGGCCCUCGUGAGGGCCAGUUCUCCAUGAAGGACUCCACCGAGUCCGCUGAGCCGGGCAACUACGGUGUUGGCUUCCCCACCUUCCUGGGCAAGGUCGAGGACCCUGAGGCCCGCAAGUCCAAGCUUGCGGCCGAGUUGGCUAACGGAAGGCUGGCGAUGAUGGCAAUCAUCGGCAUGUUCUUCCAAGAUGGACUGACUGGCUCGGCCUGGGGCGACUGGAGCCUGUACACUUCCUCGCCUUUGAGGGCAAGGGAGCCCAAGGUUGCGCGCAACUUCUUCGGUGGCGACUCGUCCACGAGCGCCGGCUUCGACCCUGCCAAGGAGCUCGGUGUGCAGGAUCCGGUGGGCUUCUGGGACCCGCUUGGUCUGAGCGCGGACAAGGAUGCGGCAACCUUCAAGCGCCGCAGGGCAGUGGAGAUCAAGCAUGGCCGCAUUGCCAUGUAUGCCUGCAUGGGCUACAUCACCCCGGAGUACUUCAAGUUUCCCGGCUUCCUGUCCCCUUCUCUUGGUUUGAAGUUCGCUGACGUGCCGAACGGCCUGGCAGCCCUGUCCAAGGUGCCAGUGCUGGGUGGAGCUCAGAUCAUCGCGUUCUGCGGCCUGAUUGAGACCACUGGGUUCUUCCAGGCGUCUUCCACCACUGACGGCCGGGGCCCUCGUGAGGGCCAGUUCUCCAUGAAGGACUCCACUGAGUCCGCUGAGCCGGGCAACUACGGUGUUGGCUUCCCCACCUUCCUGGGCAAGGUCGAGGAUCCUGAGGCCCGCAAGUCCAAGCUUGCGGCCGAGUUGGCUAACGGAAGACUGGCGAUGAUGGCGAUCAUCGGCAUGUUCUUCCAAGAUGGGCUGACCGGCUCCGCCUGGGGCGACUGGUCUCUCUACACCAGCUCGCCAUUGCGCGCGGCGGAGGAGAAGGAGGCUCCCAAGCCCCCUCCUUUCGACCCCGCCACGCAGGUGGGUGCAAUGGAGCCCCUUGGCUUCUUUGACCCUGCAGGCUUCAGCAAGGUUGGGGACAAGGACGGCUUCCAGAGCCUUCGCGCUGCAGAGAUUAAGCACGGCCGCGUUGCCAUGAUGGCAGCUCUGGGAGCGGUGGCCCAGCACUACAUCAAGUUCCCCGGCUUCGAGUCGGUGCCUGCUGGCCUGGGUGCAGUGACCACUGCGCCUGGAAGCUAUGGUUUCGCAGCGCUGUUCCUGCUCUCCGGCGCCAUGGAGCUGGCGGUCUGGACCCAGGACCCCAACAAGGAGGCCGGCGACUUUGGAGACCCCGUGGGCCUUGGCCAGUACAACGAGGAGAUGCGCAACAAGGAGCUGAACAACGGCCGCUUUGCAAUGUUCGCUGCGCUCGGCAUCAUCUCUGCUGAUCUUUUGACUGGCAAGGAUGCCAUUCAGCAGUUUGGUGCGUGA